CUAGUAAAACCAUCAUAAUAAUUAAGUAAUUACAUUAUGAUUUUGGACUAAGUAAACAUAAAACUUUGACUAGUUCAUGAAGUGAGUUAAUGCAUCUUGUUGACUAUGGAGAUAUGCAUGAAACUAACUUUUAAUUCUUGGAAUCUAUUUAUAUUUCUUCAUUUUUCAGAUUUGGAAAAGUAGAUUUUCUCGGAAACAGAGAAUUCAAAAGUUGCACCGCCAUCUCUUCGGAUAUUUUUGAUUGUUCACAUUCAGAUUCAAACUCGAUUCCGAUGAAGGAAACCUCAAACAACGGUCAAUAUAGUCUCGAGAAGACUCUCCCGCCUCAUCCUCACCUACCGAAACUCGAGCCGCCACGUGGCACUCGCGUCUCGUCAGAAGAAGCGACGCAUCAGUCGUUCACCGUCGAUAUGAUGAAACUCAUCCGUCAAAGCCGUAACGCGAUCUCCAAACGUAUCUCGAUUCUACACGAGAACGGCGCCGUUUCGAAGAAGGAUCUCGACGAAUCCGACGUGUCGGAGUUCGAAAUCUCCGGAGUCAAGGUCCUCGUGAAGCUGAAAAGCGAAGAGGAGAUCCGAGGCCGUAUCACCUUCUUCUCGAGAUCUAACUGCCGAGACUCCACCGCCGUCCGAUCGUUUCUCCGGGAACGAGGCUUCGAUUUCUCGGAGAUCAACAUCGACGUCUACGGGCACAGAGAGCGCGAGCUGAUCGAGAGAACAGGGAGCUCUCAGGUCCCUCAGAUCUUCUUCAACGAGAAACACUUCGGAGGAUUGAUGGCGUUGAAUUGGCUGAGAAACAGCGGAGAAUUCGAUCGGAGGAUCAAGGAGUUGCUGGCGGAGAAGUGUUGCGGCGAUGCGCCGGCGCCGGUGAUGUACGGUUUCGACGAGGAGGGAGAGGGCGGCGGGGUGGAUGAGAUGAUGAGUUUCGUUAGGGUUUUGAGGCAGAAGCUGCCGAUUAAGGAUCGGCUGAUGAAGAUGAAGAUCGUCAAAAACUGUUUCUCCGGCGCCGAGGUGGUGGAGAUAUUGAUUCAUCACUUGGAUUGCGGGAGGAAGCAGGCCGUCGAAAUUGGCAAGAAACUAGCCAAGAAACACUUUAUCCACCAUGUCUUUGGAGAAAAUGACUUUGAAGACGGAACCCAUUACUACCGUCUCCUUGAGCAGAGCCAUUUAUUUCAAACUGUUACAAUUUUAGAGGCUCUACAAAUGACAUGGAGCCCCAAGAUGCAGUCAUGGUUGGUCAGAAGCUAUUCAAAAUCAUGA